GCAUAAUAAAAUUAAAUGGUACCUUUUCGUGUCCUAAUGCUUGAUUACUAGCUUUUCUUAACAACCCUAUCAAGUCGUGGCAAUAUGUUCUUGCACCAAUAGGUGCUAUUGGAUGUACUUAACCAAGCAUAGUCAUUUUCAUCUUUCCUAGAUUAUUUGCUCGCCUGAUGUUUAAAAUGAUUUUUUCCAUCAGUUAUGGUGUGUGUGUUUCUUCCAGAAUCUUCUUCAAUUGUGUUUAUUCAUAUGGCUUAAUUAUCAUGCUUAUAUUAGUUUCCUUGAAAUUUUACCUUCUGUAGUCGGAUCUUUUCCUUCUUUCUGUAUCCCACUUUUAUGUUCCUUAAAAAGUUUCAUUUCUUUCUUUCUGUAUUUCAUUUUUAUGUGUUGAUUAAGAAGUUUUUAUUUUCCCAAGAAACUGGGGUGAAAAUUUAACUUAAUCAGCAAAGAAGCUGUGGUAGAGAUUUGACUUAAAUAAUGAUCACAACUAUGAAGAUCUUAGCAGUAGCAUUGCACCAGUCCCACUAUUUUGUAGUACACUAGGCUCAUUAAACUUAUGUUUACUGUGUUGUACUUGUUUAACAAGAAGUCUAAUUUGCAUAAUAAAUAAUGGACUUUGUUAUUCAUGUACUCUCUACGAACCAUAUUUCAGCAGUUCAUAACAAGUGCAGGGCACCAGAAUAAGCCUGUCACAGAAUCAUUUUGCUGUUUACAAACUCAGAGCUGUCAUAUGAACUAUUGAACUGUAUAGCUGUCUUUUACAUGGUAUCUAGCAUGGAUUCAUAAUUUGGAUGAUAGUACUGGAAUCCAAAGCAUUGAAAUUAUAACACCACAAUAAAGGCCUCAAUGACGUGAAUUAUUGAUGUUCUAUUACAUUUACCUUAACCAGCAUAUGCUAUCAUGUGAAAACGUACUUAUGCUAUUAUCUAUUUUGAAGCAAUACGUAGCCCUUAACACUCAGAAGAAAAUGUAUACUGUAUAUUUCUUAAACUAGAUAACCAGAUAGCAUCAUCAUUCAUGAAUUGUAUUUCAAAUGAUUAUGCACAUUGGUCUUUGGGUAUAAGCUAUAGUAGUUAAUGCACUUUGUUGAUUUUCUAAAUAAUUUCUAGACAUUACAUGCUACAUAAAUUUCUGGCCUCAAGAGAGAUUUAUGCUUCAGAUAUUAAUUGUACAGUGUCAUUCAAAAGUCCUCUCUCAUGCUAUGAAACAGUUUGAAUGUUUCCGGUUGAUUUCCUCUGACCUUUUUAUCAGUGUACUCUGCGAGAACCAUUUUUCUGGAGUCAUCCCUAAGCAAUUUGGGUGGCUCGCAGCCCUGGAAGUGUUGGAUUUGAGGAACAAUAACUUGAGUGGGACUAUUCCUGCAGAAAUAGCAUGGCUGCAUUCCUUAAAACGACUGUUGCUUAGCAACAAUAAAUUUGUAGGAAGUAUUCCUUUGGCGGUUGGGAAGCUUGAUCAGCUCAAGGAAAUGCAGUUUGAUGUGAACCUUAUCCCUGCUGCAGUAGAAGUUGGUUGUUUCAGCAGAAAAGUUGGGCACUGUGAGUGGUCAAGCAAUCUCAAAUCCUUGAGAAAAGAAGAUUCCUUGCUGACACCAAUCAAAGAAACGUUAAAUCGCUACUUUGAUCUGUUCCCCAUGAAAGUGGACCAUCUUUUGUUAAGGUACAGAUUUGGGAAGGGCUCCUUCAGAAAUGAUGCCAGUGAUUCCUAUGACAAUCUACCAAGUGCAUCUGAGCUAGAUGUCAAACAAAAUCUGCUGAACAUGGCUGAUGUUAGACGGCGAAAGCUGGUUGAGCAGCCUAAUAAUAUUGCUGCGUACCCUUUUAAUAAUGGGAAUCCAGUUGGAAAUUUUAAUUCUUAUCCAAGCAGUACAAGUAGUGGGUCAUUCCCUGCUGUUCCAAGCAAGAACAGUUCCUCUUCCAUUCCUGCAGGUCCUUUGCAGCCUCCAUCACCUAACACAUCAAAUCCAACCUCUGCCUCUGUCAACCAACCUGCUGACAAACAGCCUCCUGCAGCGGGGAACUCUGAACACACAUGGAAGUAUAUAAUUGGAAUUUCAAGCGGUGGUUUCCUGCUCUUUUUUGCAGCAGCCAUUCUUGUUGUCAUCAGAGGUAGAACAGCAAAAAACAUUGGCCCUUGGAAGACUGGAUUAAGUGGACAGUUGCAGAAAGCAUUUGUUACAGGGGUCCCUAAGCUGAACAGUGCGGAACUAGAGACUGCAUGCGAGGAUUUCAGCAAUAUUGUUCAGGCACAUGAUACGGUGACUGUGUACAAGGGAACUUUAUCAAGCGGUGUAGAAAUUGCUGUUGCCUCAACUGUUGUUAAUUCACUGAACGAUUGGUCAAAGCGCGCAGAAAUUGCUUUCAGGAAGAAGAUCGAUUCAUUGUCCCGAGUGAACCACAAGAAUUUUAUGAAUCUUAUUGGGUACUGCGAGGAGGAUGAACCUUUUGUGAGAAUGAUGGUGUUUGAGUAUGCACCAAACGGAAGUUUAUCUGAGCACCUGCAUGUGAAAGAGCUUGAACAUCUGGACUGGAGUACAAGGAUGAGGAUUAUCAUUGGAACAGCUUACUGUCUCCAGCACAUGCAUGGUCUCAAUCCUCCACUUCCACAUGGCCAUUUGAACUCCAAAGCUAUAUUUCUGACGGAUGAUUAUGCUGCCAAGAUUGCAGACAUAGCCUUUUGGGAUGAAUUUGUUAAAAAAUCUGCAGAGCAUGAAGGACAGCAGUUGGAAUAUCCGCUACUUGAGGAUGAAGAAAGUGAUGUAUACAAUUUUGGAUUACUGUUGCUCGAAGUAAUCUCUGGGAAGCUUCCUUACUCAGAAGAACACGGGUCUCUCUUAAAUUGGGCUGCGGAAUACCUGAAUGACAAGAGAAGCAUCAGCUAUCUGAUUGAUCCAACGCUGAAGUCAUUCAAGAAUAACGAGCUUGACAUCAUCUGUGAGGUUAUUGCAGAAUGUAUUCAAGAAAAUUCAAGAAAGAGACCAACCAUGAAGGAAGUAGCUACGAAAUUGAGAGAUGCCCUUGACAUAUCACCUGAUUCAGCAACCCCACGGCUUUCUCCGCUUUGGUGGGCUGAACUUGAGAUUUUAUCUUCUGAGGCAGCUUAAAUAUUCAGCUCAGGGUCUACAUGGUGCCUCAAGUUUGCAUAUUAGUCUUAUCGUGCCUUCAACAAAAUCGAAAAUUCCAAUAUACAUCAUUUUUUUUUUCCAGUUUCUUUGGUAUGCCAUUUUUUUAUUCUUAUUCUUCAAUUGUUUACUUCAAGCGGGACAAAACUUCGUCCCACGCACCUAAGUUAUGUAUAUAGAGAUUAUGAACUGGCAUGUAAGAGUUGUUUAACCUGCUGUUGAGUCAGAAAGAGAUUUUUUAUAUGUAUUUAUCCUGUGUGUGUCAUAGGAAACCCUGUGUAGGAUUAUCAUUUACUCAUGGUUUCAACAUGACCAAAUUUUGAAGUUUUGAUGAGACUAUAAAUGGAUAAGCUUUCAUUGAUCA